GAUUGCACGGAUAUAGUCUGGGUCAAUUGACGCUUGCAAUAGAAGACCUUGCGGUGUGUUUGCUGGUAAAGCAAACCGACUAACGUGAUUAACGGCAGUAGAGCGUGUUGCAACAUUUCAUACCACGAAACAGAUUCCAUGAGAUCCAUUAAGACCAACUGUAGCUGUGAGGGCAACUUUUGAUGGCUGACUGUUAGAGUCAUUACAUUUUGAAAACCAAAGAAAGAAAGAAAAUGCUGAGAAAUGUGUUAUUAUGCAACAGCAGAAGGAUUUAUACCUGUCUGUUUGUUCCAAUGAAGACCAGACAUCCAGCAUCUUACCAAGUGGCUAGUGCUUAUCAAAUCCAUACCACUUUGGACAGCAGGAAUAGAGAAAAAAGGUUAUCUGAAAGAGCAGAGGCAAAGGAUGUAGGUCGUCGGUUACAGAAAAAUGAGAUGCUAAAAGAACGCAGAUUCACUGGUUUGGAGAAGGAUGAUUUUGAUUCCUCAUUUCCCACAGAAGAGACACCUGAUAUGAUUAUACAGGGGACCAAGUACAAAGAUCUACCAGUGGUCUAUAUCCAGGCCUCUGCCAAUAAUUUCAUCAUUACGCUAGCAACUGCUGAUGGCAGAACAAUCAAGACAGCCUCGGGGGGUUCUGUUGGUUUUAAGAAUAAGAGGGAAUCUACAGCUGUUGCUGCCCAGGUUGCUACAGUGGCAGUUGCCAAGGAGGCGAAGCGAGAAGGAUUUUAUGCAGUACGGGUAGCACUGAAAGGUAUCGGCACAGGUAGAGAGGCUGGUCUGAAAGCAUUGGUCACCGCAGGACUUUCAGUAGUGUCAAUAAGUGAUAUCACUCCUCUUCCAUUCAAUGGUAACAGACCACCAAAGAAAAGAUCCUUGUAAUAAAAUACAGACCCCCUCAGACUGACAUCAUCAUAUCAA